AUGGCUCCUUCAUGGUUGGCCACCGGCCUUCUCUGCUUUAUCAGAGUUUCGGCUGCUCUGGGUCCCCAGCUGAGUCUUCCGGAGAUUCGGAAGAGCAUCGCUGGCGAAUCGGAACCUGAGUCUGCAGCGCCGGAAGUGUUCCGAUUGCUCGCCAACGACACUGCAGUUGGAGCGCCGGAUCCUACAACGCUCUACCGCGCCUACAACUUGUCGGUGCCAGUCGACCAUUUUCACAACGAUUCGCUCUAUGAGCCGCACUCAAAUGCUUCGUUCCCGCUGCGGUACUGGUACGACGACCGGUUUUACAAGCCCGGCGGUCCGGUGAUUGCGCUGGCAUCGGGCGAAACCAGCGGGCUGGGUCGAUUGGCAUUCUUGCAGAAGGGUAUUGUGGCCAUUUUGGCCGAGGCAACCAACGGAGUCGGCGUGAUAUUGGAGCACCGAUACUACGGCAGCAGUGUCCCAACCCCGGACUUCAGCACUGAGAAUUUGCGGUUCUUGACCACCGACCAGGCCUUGGCUGAUACAGCAUACUUUGCGCAGAAUGUCGUCUUCCCUGGAAAGCUCGCGAACAUUAGCCUAACCGCUCCCGACACCCCCUGGAUCUUGUAUGGAGGCUCCUAUGCUGGCGCGUUCGUCGCCUUCUUGCGCAAGCUGUAUCCAGAAGUUUUCUGGGGCGCAAUCUCGUCGUCGGGUGUUACGGCGGCUGUCGUAGACUACUGGGAGUAUUACGAAGCUGCACGACUCUAUGCUCCUGAGGGGUGCGCCGAGACGACGCAGAAGCUGACUCACGUCGUUGACAACAUCUUGCUUCAAAAGGGUAAUACCACUGCGGACGACAUCGUCCUUCUUAAGACCGCCUUCGGACUCGAAAACGUGACGAGCAGUGCCGACUUUGCGAGCACGAUCAAUGGCGGGAUCAGCGGCCUGCAAGGCCGCAACUGGGACCCCGCGAUUGAUAGCAGGGCUUUCCUGCGUUACUGCGCAAACAUGACUUCUGAUGAGGUCUACUGGCCAGGAACGGAGAGUCUGGAUGGUGCAGUCCGAGAACUGCUCGCCAUUGGCGGAUAUGAGUCCGAGGUCGAGGAGUUGGCGACGCGCUUCAAGAACUACAUUGGCUACGUCAACUUCACAACGGUUGCCUCCUGCCGUGGGCAGGAUCAGGACGACUGCUUCGGCUCCGGGGACGACGACGCGUAUUCUGCGGAUGAUCUCCGGCAAACCUGGCGACUAUGGUCCUGGCAGUACUGCACGCAGUGGGGAUACCUCCAAACUGGCUCCGGUGUCCCUGAGACUCAAUUGCCACUGAUCUCGCGUCUUAUCGACCUCAACUACACAACUCAGAUCUGCCGCAAGGCAUUCAACGUGACAACACUACCUGACGUGGAGGCCAUCAACAAAUAUGGUGCCUAUAACUUCAGUUACCCCCGCGUAGCAAUCAUUGAUGGAGAAUCGGACCCGUGGAGACAGGCAACUCCGAACAAGAUUGGAUUGCCUCGGCCGGAGUCGACCAUCAACGAGCCCAACCUUGUCAUCGGGGGAGGAGCGGUACAUCACUGGGAUGAGAAUGGUCUGUUCAAAAACGAGACCACGGCCGACUUGCCACCUGGACCCGUCAAGGAAGCCCAGGCAUUUGAGGUCGAGUUUGUAACAGCUUGGCUCAACGAGUGGAAGGAAACGUACGGUUCCAAGUAG